AUGAAGUUUGUAUCAUUAUUACAUCUCCUUUCCUUUAUUGGCUCAGGCUAUGCCUGUGGCGGGCAUAAUGAUGAGAAGGAAUGGAGUAGCGAGGAAUUGGCAGAGUUGGAGGCAAAAUGGGGACACGAGUGGUCGUUCAAUGGCAUCGGGUCUUUUGCUCACUUGGAUUAUGUCAAAUGUCUCACCAACCCUCAAGAGACAUAUGACAUCGCAAUUAUCGGGGCGCCUUUUGACAACGCUGUCUCUUUCAGACCAGGCGCCCGAUUUGGACCCAGGGCUAUCAGACAAGCGUCUUCUCGCCAGACCUCGCUGCGUGCAUUCAAUCCUCGCGCAAACGUCAAUCCGUACCAAAACUGGGCAAAAAUCGUUGACUGCGGAGAUAUUCCCAUUACACCCUUCGAUAACAAUAUCGCAACCGAGCAAAUGACACAGGCGUUUAAGAAUCUUGGCAGAGCUCGUCCAACAAGCUCACUAAGUCAAGGUCGGCCGAAGCUCAUCACGCUUGGUGGAGACCACAGUUUGGCGCUGCCUGCGUUGAGAUCCUUGAAUGAGAUUUACGGCAGGCCAGUUCGUGUACUUCACUUUGAUGCCCAUCUGGACACUUGGGAUCCUGCUGCGUACCCAUCUGCCUGGGGCUCAACACACUUCACCCAUGGCUCGAUGUUCUGGAUGGCUAACCAAGAAGGCCUGCUGUCAAACUCAUCAACAGGUCAGUCCGUUCACGCCGGUCUGCGUACCCGCCUCAGCGGCACGGACUGGGCAGAUCAUGAAUCCGACACCGCUCAGAACUGGGUUCGCUUUGCCGCUGAUGAGAUUGACGAUAUUGGCACCAAGGGUAUCAUUGAUGGCAUUAUGUCGGUGCUGGGAACUGAGGAUCCUGUGUACUUGUCUGUUGAUAUCGACGUAUUGGAUGUGGCUUUCGCACCUGGUACUGGAACCCCUGAGCCUGGUGGUUGGACAACCAGGGAGCUUAUCAGAAUUUUGCGAGGCAUUGAGGGCUUGAACAUUGUUGGCGCUGACGUAGUCGAGGUUAGCCCCGCUUACCAGGGAAGAGGUGAAGAAACGGCAUUAGCGGCAGCCCAAGUUGUAUAUGAGAUUUUGAGCUCUAUUAUCAAGAAGGGCCUGGAGGAUGGAGCUAAAGAAAAGCGAGGGAGCGGAAGAGAUGAGCUGUGA